UCUAGUUCAGAGAUUAAAUCUUGCAGAACGAGCCCCACCCCCUUUCAACAGCCACCUAUUGACCUCGCCCAGCUGGGCCUGCUGAUUCAGCAGUAUAGUAUCAAAUGGCCGAAAGAAGUGUACUCGUGUGUGCUGUGAUGGUGGGGCUGUGCCUGUUGUGUGCAGAUGCCCAACUGUAUGUGAGUGUCUAUAACAGCAGCACCCAGGACCAGUUGUCUGAUGAGCUGCAAUAUAAGGACGACACAAUCUUCAGUCAGAGAUACUUGAACCUUAAUGACAUGAUGAGUGGCUAUAUUCACAUUCCUGUUCCCAACAAUGGUUGUGCCUUCAUCCCACCCCUGCCCGCUGGUCUCAAUGGCUCCUGGUUUGCCCUGGUGUCUGACUACCCUGCUUGCCCUGGAGAGAUGGUGGUCAAUGUACAAGCCGCUGGUUAUAGGCUAGCCAUUGCUUACGGCAACACCAACGACACUGUGUGUACUAUCUCUAGGAAUGUCAGUGACAAUGGUUUCCCUGUCGUCUUGGUUACAGAAUGGUACGCUCUUCUACUCAAAGAGAACGCUUCAUAUACAAUAUUUCCAGAGCACCCUGGAGUGAGUGUGGAGGUGGCGGCAUCGCUGGGGCUAUCUGUGUUUGUGGUGGUGUUCUCAUUUGCUGUGUGCUGUAUGUGUUGUUGUGUGGGAUGUUGUGGGUGUUACCACUGCAAGAGUCGGAGGUCUGAACGACGAGAGGAGGUCCAGUUCAGAGAAUAUAGAGACAGACAACGUAACUUUGAGCAGAUUCAGAGAAGAGAUAGAAACGCUCGACAAGAACUGAUUGAGAGCAUUCUCAGACAAUUACAGGACCUGCAUGUUGACCUUCGCACCCAGAUCCCGCUGGGUGAGACUGAAACACAACGACUGCCCAUUCGCCCAUAUGUUCCUGAGGAGAGUAAGACUGACACAUGUGUGAUAUGUGUGGAGGACUUCACUAGGGGAGAGUCCCUACGCUGGCUGCCUUGUCAGCAUUGCUUUCAUUCUGUGUGUAUUGACGAAUGGUUGGGUCGCCAUAGUUCCCUGUGUCCCCUCUGUAAGACCCCUGUACCCAGAGGAGGGGGAGGGGCUAUAUAUGUUGUUAUCACGCCCUCUAAUGAUGAAAGUCUUCUUCUGGACUCUGACAAUAAUCGUUAUGGAGCUGUCUGA